AACUGAAAUUUGGUCCUGUUAAAGGUUUGAUCUUCUGGAUGUUGCACAAAUGGCCCUAAAGAAAAGCUGGAUUCAACUGUUAUAAGCCAGCCUGCUAUUUAUGUCACAAGUCUAGCUGCAGUUGAGUUGCUCCGUGCUCGUGAUGGGGGUCAGCAGAUAAUUGAUUCUGUAGAUGUGACCUGUGGCCUUAGCUUAGGAGAAUAUACUGCAUUAGCAUUUUCUGAGGCCUUCAGCUUUGAGGAUGGUCUGAAGCUUGUCAAACUUCGGGGGGAGGCCAUGCAGGAAGCCGCUGAUGCUGCUAAAAGUGCUAUGGUCAGUGUCAUAGGUCUGGAUUCAGACAAGGUCCUGCAAUUGUGUGAUGCAGCCAAUGCAGAAGUUGAUGAAGCUAAUAAAGUUCAGAUUGCAAAUUUCUUAUGUCCUGGGAAUUAUGCAGUUUCUGGAGGAGUGAAGGGAAUUGAAGCAGUGGAAGCAAAAGCAAAGUCUUUUAAGGCUCGAAUGACGGUGCGUCUUGCUGUUGCUGGUGCUUUUCACACUAGUUUCAUGCAUCCAGCAGUCUCAAGAUUGGAAGCGGCAUUGGCAGCAACACAUAUUAGAACUCCAAGGAUACCAGUCAUUUCCAAUGUUGACGCACAACCUCAUGCUGAUCCUGACACGAUUAAGAAGAUAUUAGCCCGCCAAGUAACUUCUCCUGUUCAAUGGGAAACAACAGUAAAGACCCUGCUAACUAAAGGACUAAAGAAGAGUUAUGAAUUGGGACCAGGAAAGGUCAUAGCCGGCAUAGUGAAGAGAAUAGACAAAAGCGCUGACAUUGAAAACAUCAGUGCUUAAAAGGCGUCCCUGGAGAGAUGACUCAAAUUCUGUUUAUUGAGCUAACCGUAGUCAUACCGGUAGCAUCAGGGUUCAAAAGAGUGGAGUGGGUUCUCAAGCCAAUGCAAGAAAAGACUGCUGUUUAGUGGAGUUAUCAACCUAACUGGGCUGCUUCAAUUUUGUAUGAUGAUUAGAUUAUACUGAGACUUCUCUCUUUGGUUCAGUGUAAUGAGUGAUUGAAAAUGGGUCUGUUGAAGUCCUGAGUUUGGUUAAUGCGCCAAACAAAUAAAAAAACUUAACCCGCUUGUUUGACAUUAUUUUGCUGGUAGCUUAGUGAAAUAUCAUCCUUUAUUACUUCUUGAAA